ACGAGUGCAUGUGUGUUUGUGACGUGAAUUAUUUAUUUCGAUAAAUAUACGUCAUUUAUUAAAAUAAAAUAAGUGUUCGAAUUAUUAUGUUUGUUUGAUUAAUAUUGUACGUAAAAUGAGUGAAGUUAGAAUCUUAUAUUUAGAUCGUAUGGCAUUAAAGUGUUUGUGGUGAAAAUGAAUGGUAAAAUGCACAGUGAAACCGGCGCUUUCUCAUCUGACGGCAUGCGCGCCGAAAUAUUAAACCCUUUCGUUCACAAAUUGGAGUUAGACAAUACGUAUGACAAAAUAAAGACGGCGAUAUUCACAGUGAUACUGCUUCCAUUUAGAGUAAUAGUCAUUUGCUAUCUAAUAGUGACUGCUUGGUUCCUAGCCUGCAUAGGUCUUUAUGGCCUGAGCGAAGAAGAUCUCAGAAGAAAACCGAUGACUGGAUGGAGAAGGGCCCUGAAACCCCUAAUAUGUUUCAUCGGGAAAAUGUCUUACUUGGCGGGCGGUAUGGCUAUCACCAUCCGCGGCCGGCAGGCGUCUAGGCAAGAGGCGCCCAUUCUCGUAGUUGCCCCCCACUCCUCAUUCCUAGACAGCUGUAUUGUCUAUGCCACCAAGAUGUCUUCCGUGAUCGUCAGGAAAGAGAGCAUGGACAAUUAUGUUGGAAAGCUGAUAAACUACACGCAGCCGGUGUAUGUGUGGCGUGAUGACCCCAACUCCAGGCAGAACACCAUCAAGGAGAUCAUCGAGAGAGCCACCUCCAAAGAGGACUGGCCACAGGUCCUGAUCUUCCCUGAAGGCACAUGCACCAACCGCUCCUGCCUCAUCACGUUCAAACCCGGCGGGUUCUACCCGGGAGUGCCGGUGCAGCCGGUCAUCAUCAGGUAUCCCAACGCCAGAGACACCGUCACUUGGACCUGGGAGGGACCUGGCGCGCUUAAGCUGCUUUGGCUUACGCUGACUCAAGUGCACAGCUCGUGUGAGAUCGAGUUUCUGCCUGUUUACUAUCCCACUGAGGAUGAGAAGAGGGACCCUAAACUGUAUGCCAGCAACGUUAGGAAUGUCAUGGCCAAAGCCCUGGGUGUGCCUGUGCUGGACUACACAUACGACGACUGCAAGCUGGCGGCCCGGGCCAAGCAGCUGGGCAUUCCCGGAGCCACCGCCGCCCGGGAGGUCAGCGAGCUGAGGGGACAACUCGGCCUGGAGCGCUCCCAGCUGGAGCUGCAGCUGGCGGCGCAGGGCUCCCGCGCCCGCUGGGUGGCGCCCGAGGAGUUCGCCCAGCGGCUGGGGGUGCCUUACAAUGCUCAAUCGCAGAGACUGUUCGACAUAUUUGUACAGCGCGCGAGUGGAAUGGUAUACUUCCCUGACUACCUGCUGUGCGCCUGCUUCCUAUCCCUACAACACUCAUCUAUAGCGCAGCUCCUGUCGUACGCUUUCAAGCUAUACGACCAAUCCUGCGGCGGCCGCCUGAAUCUGUCAUCAUUUGAGGAAGUAGCCACACGUUGCCUGGGACUUUGCCAAGAAGACGCCUUGCAUACCUUCCGACAGGCAGACCUUGACGAGAAGGGAUACAUCACUUACGACGAGUUCAUAUCCUACGCUCAGAAGAAAUCAGAGUUAUCGUUCAUAUUCGCGAGUGACACAUCACACCAUAAGCCGAAGGCGCAGUGAGGGUCGCAGGUUCACAUCCCGACCGUGUCCAGUCAAGUGCCGUGAGCACAGAGCACGGUAGCGGUCGCCGCGUGCUUUAUUCUGUGGCUGAAGAGCUGUAUUUAAACUGAGAUGUAAUUAAAAUUGACACUGGCAGGAAUUUUUGUGAGAGGCUUUUAAACAAGUUUGAUUGCCACAACGACGUAAAAAAUGUUGGUACUUAUUUCUCUCUUUUUCAGCACAGAGUACGGCAGCGCUAUUUGUUCUGUGGCCGAGAGAUGUGCAUUUGCGUCAAUUAGAACUGUAGGUAUUUAAAAAACAAUUAUAAAAGGCGAAUAAUUUGAAACUUCGAAUGACCGCGAGCUGUCAAACGGCCGUUUCAAUAUCGCCGUCUCAUAAUAACUGUAUAUGUUGAACAAGAAUAGCGAUAAUAAAAGUGCGUUUGACGCAUAAUUACAAAUUCCUCAUACGACAUUUUACGCACCAAAAUUUUAUUGGAUUUACUCGUUUCAAAUAUGGCUUCCCAAGAUUGAAUACAAAAUGCUUGCUUAAUUAACUUAGACUUUAUUAGAACUUAUAUUUUUAAGCGUGAAAUUAUGUGAAUAGUAAAUGAUGUGUAUUGAUAUUUAUUUGGGCGAGUAAUUCAUGAUUAUGACAUAAUUAUGAUGAUGAUAGAAAGAAGCUAUUAAUAUAGUCAGAAAUGCAAAUGGACAAUGAAUAAGUAUGUCUUAUUUACUCUCUCUUUCUAACUUCUUAACUAGCUUUUUGCCCGCAGCUUCGACUGCGCGAUUUUAGCGCAAACAAAAGUUUAUUAUAUGUAAGUAAAAACUAUAUUAUAUGUAUUAUAAGGUAUUCUAUUAUUCAUAUUUUUCUUAUUAUUUUUUUUAACACUCAUUGCACCAUUGUACGUCCAUAUCAGUUUGGUCCAAAGGUUCGACUGGCAGAGAAUGCCUUGUGGCAUUAAGUCCACCUGUUGUACAUUUUCGUGCAUAAAGUUUAAAUAAAUAAAAAAAGUGUACAGUUCUUUCUCAAAACCCACGAGAACUAUAAUUUUUACCGAGAUGAUGUCCUUCGCCAGAUUCUUAAUUAUAUAUACGCGAAAUUUCAAGAAGAUUAGUUCUGUAAUGACGCGUGAAAUGAUAACAAACAUACAAACUAACUUUCGCAUUUGUAUUGCUAGUUAGGAUCAAAGAUUUAGAAAGGGCGGGAAAAUAAGACAUAUCUUGUCAACGAUCGCGAACAAAUCAUAAUAGAUAUGAAAUAGAAUAGUCGACAUCUUGUAUUUACGCCAUGUUUUAAUGUGAUAAUUUUAAGAAAAAAAAAACAUCUAACCGGUUUACCUAUAGUAGUACAAUUUUUUUUGUGAGAUUGAGUUGAGAUAUGAAUAUAGAGAUUAUUUUUAUUUAUUUUGAUUUUUGUAAAUAGUGAAUAAGAUUAAAAUUACGUAGCUUCCUACCAGUUUUCCUUUUUUACUAGAAUAUACAUACGUAGUUAAUAUUAUAUAUUUUUGUAACAUAAGUCACUAUAACAUUUUUUUUAUUAUAAAAAAAUUGUCUAUGUCUUCUACUUUUCUUACUUCGAUUUUUAAAUAUAAGAUUAAUUUAUUGAUCUAAAUAUUAAUGAAAUUUAUUUGAUAAAUUUAUAUACAUUUAUUUAAGUUACAAAUACUUUUGGUAAGUAACUUAAAAAAAAAUGUAUAUUGUUAUUAUAUUUACCGUUAAACUAUUUAAGGCUAAUAAAAGACGCUACUUAGAUUUAUAAAACAUCUCGUGUAUUAAAAUUAUUAAGUAUAAAACGUGUGAGAUAGUCAAAAAUCAGUUAAGUACAUUCUUAAGAAUAAUUAGAUAUACAUUUUACGAAAAAAUGUGUACAUUUUUAUUCCUCAUGACUGUACUAGCGCUGGUUUUUAGGAUUUUUUCAAGUAAAAUGACUAUUUUAUAAGAAAUUUGACAUUAUUUUGAUAGAAAACCACUUUCCUGCUGAUAAAUCAUGUUUAUUUCGCUAAGUUAAUUCUAUUUGUUUUCUAUAAAUCAUGGCAUUGGUGAAAUUGCCGAAGUCAAACUUGAAGGUGUACAAAUUUUGCAAAUUAUACCUACCAUACUUAUGGUGAAAUAAUGUAUCAUAAUGUAACCUCAGUUUCAACAAAUACAAUUUUAUUUAUAUUGACAAAACAUCUUAAAAAAAUAUAGAUGGGAAAUAGUUAACUUAGGUGUGUGUAUUUAUUCUAGCUUUCAAAAUUGCCUUAGGCUAGUCCAUUGUUAAUAUAUUGUAUAAUACGCGGCACGUAAAUUGACUUAUUUCUUCACAGUAAAUUUAUGACUCUACCAACCUAUUGGUUAACUGAGCCCAAUCUUGGGAGAGGGUGGGCUGUAAUAUCUUUUUCGUGACUCCUUAAAAAGAGGGUUGCUGUAAUACUUUUAUAUUUUUUUCGUGAGUACUUAAAAGUUAUUUUUACUCACUACUCACACUCCUAAUAUGUAUAGUUGGGCUUCAUCGCAUUUAUAAAUAAUACGUAACGUACCUUUAUUUUAUCUCGGUCGUUUCGAAUCAUGUUACAACGAUCCGUGGUCACUAACAUGAUUCGAAACGUCCGACAUAAAAUAAAUGUUAACUACGUCCGCGUUUAAAACCUGUAUUAUUGAUAAAUAGUAUAAUUCAAGUGCCGUGUGGUUCCCGGCACCAAUACAAAAAAGAAUAGAACCAGUCCAUUUCUUUCCCAUGGAUGUCGUAAAAGGCGACUAAGGGAUAGGCUUACAUACUUGUGAUUCUUUUUUUUGGCGAUGGGCUAGCAACCUGUCACUAUUUGGAUCUCAAUUCCAUCAUUAAGCCGAGCAGCUGAAUGUGGCCAUUUAGUCUUUUCUGGACUAUUGGCUCUGUCUACCCCGUAAGGGAUAUAGACGUGACUAUAUGUAUGUAUGUAGUAUAAUUCAACGCGAUAGUAUAAAAUCAGUCAAUGAUCCUCGCAUAUCACGGAAUGAUAGCCACAACCCUGAAAUCCAAAUUCUUUUGUGUAAGAAAAUCCUACUGUCCUUAGGGUCUCAUAAAUUGUAACUUUUUUUUUGGUUACUUUCAAACAACUCAAAGCGGAAUGAUAAGCAUUUUUAGCGCUUGUGUACUAAGCUCUGAAGCCGCCAUAUUGUUUCAUCUUAUGUGCCGUUUAUUGUUUCUUUAUUUAUAACCUUAUUUAUUUCACUAACCUAUUUCAUUCAAUGGAAUAGUAAAAUUUAAUAUAAAGUUUUGUAACUUUUGACGAAGGCUCUUAGUGUUAAAUUAGGCAUAGUUGUUAUGUUUUUAAAUGUUUUAUUUUAAUUUAUAUCCACUGUUUUAUACAAUGUUUGUUAUUUUAUUUUCUUGCUAGACAUUCCUAUGCUGUUUUAAAUUUAGUACUUAAGUGAUUAGACUUACGUAU